AUGUGAAAAUAUGAACGAAAACAGUUAAAUCAGAAUCAUCUAGGUUACAUAUUUCUAGGUAACAUAGGAAGUGGCAGUAGUCUAGUUUAGUUAUCUAGUAGCUUUUUUACAAUUCAAAGAGCAUUGUAUAAUGAUAGACUUAAACUUACUGACUCGGAUACUGAACUUUUCUUUAAAUUCACCUCUUAAACCUCACCGAAAAUGCUUCACAACAAAGCUACUCUUGCUGUCGAGCCUUUUCCUCAAUUGUCAGUGCGUUUCGAUAGACAAUAGUUUCUUCGUCCUCGAUAAUAGUCUUCAAGCAUUGGAGGAUGUCUUCUUCUUCGUCGACUUCAUCCCAAAGGCGGAUCUGAUUAUGAAAACUGCCAGGCUGCUUGGUAGAAUCUACCACGCUUUUAAGCCUCUCCACGGAUCGGACGAGUCCCAGGACAGUAAGAACAUCGAGAAAAUCUUGAGCACAAUGAAGACUAUUUCGUCAGGCGUCAAAAGAAUUGAGACCGACUUAAAACACUACCUGGGCUCAGGUCAGCUGGUUGCUCAGAUUAGCCAAGCCAACACGUUGAUAGAGAUCUACGAGUUGAUCGUCAAGAUAGAGAUCAAUUACGAAUCCUUUUGAGCAUUCCAAUGAGAGAAUAGAAUUUGACCCGGACGUUGUAAAACGUCUGUACGAUCGUAUCAUUGAUAUUGAUGACGGGGAAUACCCGGACAGUUGCUUAGUGUCUAUAAACGAUUGACGGAGGUCCGCACGGGUGUUAGUAUAUUUCAGCAAAUUACCGAUAGGAAGCAGUGUAUUUGUAUGUACAACUAAUAGAGGCGAAAAUGGGCAGCUGUUCCAAGCGUGAAUGAUGCAGAUGAUGAUUUUUAUAAUGAUGCUCAAAAACCAAAUUUUUACCUGAAUUGUUAUGCUUAUAGUAUACGCGACAAUAGGUCUUGUAAACUUGUAAUUAAUCUAUAUUUUUUCAUUUGUCACACAAAGUCAACCCAGUUAAUGUGCUUAAUGAAGCAGUCGUCGCAGCAUAUCCUGAAAACCUUAUACAGCAAUAUCAAUUUAGCAGAGAUUGAAGUUCUCAGUAUGUUUCAGUAUGUUCAUAACCACA